AUGGAGCUUCUUCUGGCAUCGCCAGCGCCAACCGAGGCUAACUUGACGGCACCACAGCGCACAAGCAUCUUCCGAAGCGGUGACCUCCAGAAGGGUUCGGGGAUAUACCGAAGGUGCGCCCAAGAAGCCGUCCAGCUCGCCAGGUCGUGGCUCGCCAUCUCAAGUGAUUCUGCGACUGGGGCAGCGCAGAAGGCGGCUGACCUGAAUAAGCGUGUGUACGACCACUGGCUCCUCCACAAGGCAUCAAACGACCACGGUGACCGCACUCCCCACGCAAUCGUAUCCCGCUGCAAAAAUAUGCCCCAUGCUCUCCAGCUUCAACGCUUCCGUUGUCCAAGCGCUCAAGAGAAUCCCAUCGGGCUGGAACGAAGAUGGUGCCAUCGGUACCGAGCUGGAGCCAUUCAUGUGGCCAAAUUGCACGGCAUCGACCGACUGACAAUCCUUGCGUGCUGGCGAAUCGUUCAGGACGGCCCGACGUGGCGUGUUGAAGUUGUAGAGUCAGUCUAUGGGAAGCGCAGUGCCGAUGAUUUGCAACGUCCUACAGGCAUGAAAGCUGCUAAAGCAUCGAACAAGGCUACUAGAUAUUCGCAAGUUGAGCUUCAUGCUCGUUUUGUCAAAGCAGCCGAAGCAAAGACCACGCACAUGGCCAAGCGCCACCAAUUGUCCGAAUUGAAAUUCAUGUUUCAAGUGUUUGGUCAGGACCCCCCGUCAGAAGAAGACCUUCAAUUCAACAGGGAAUUGAGAUCGAGUUUGCUUCUUCGCGCCCGCCAAUUGCAAUCCGCCACUGUUACGGGCGUUGCUCGAUCAUUGGUGGCUGAGGAUUUGGUUCAAGACGAUGUGGAUGAAAUCGAUAACGAGGUGUAA